AUGAUGGCAUCAUUCGACGAUGUCAUGGCAGAACACAUUCGAAGAAUAAAUAAUCAAGAAACUCAUGAUCAUUACCUUGGACCAGAAAUUCAAAAUGAAUUGAUAGAACAAAUGUCGAGUAAAGUACGUGAAAAUAUAGUUAAAAUAAUAAAAGGUGCAAAAUAUUUCUCAAUCAUGAUGGAUUGCACCCCGGAUGUAAGUCACCAAGAACAACUUUCAUUGAUUAUUCGAAUAGUUAAUUUAGAAUUAGAAAGCGAAACUUCAGCACCAAAAAUCGAAGAAUAUUUUUUAGAUUUCAUAAGCGUUGAAUCAACUACUGGUUUACAUUUAGCAAACUUACUUGUUUCAAAAUUACAAGAAUAUAAUAUUGACCUUCUGGACUGCCGUGGACAAGGAUAUGACAACGGAUCAAAUAUGAAGGGACAAUAUCAAGGUGUACAGUCCAGAAUCAAACAACUUAACUCUAGAGCAUUUUUUACUCCAUGUGCAUCACACAACUUAAAUCUAUUACUAGGAGAUAUUUCCAAAAGUUCCACAAAGGCAAUUAGUUUUUUUGGAAUAGUACAGAGAAUAUAUUGUUUGUUUUCUUCUUCAACAAAACGUUGGAGUAUUUUAAAAAAACAUUGUCAAGAACUCACAUUAAAACCCUUGUCUGAAACCCGAUGGGAAUGCAGAGUAGAAAGCAUUAAAGCUAUUCGGUAUCAAAUACCUGGAGUUAUAAAAGCAUUAGAAGAGGUUCUAGAAGUUACAAAUGACCCUAAAACUAAGAGCGAAGCCAAUUCUUUGGUUAGUCAUGGAAUUGGUGACUAUGAAUUUAUUUUAAGUCUAGUUAUAUGGUAUGAUAUUUUGGUGCAAGUAAAUAUGGUAAGCAAAUCAUUACAAUCUAUAAAUACAAAUUUGCAAAUAUUGACGAGUAUGUUGAAUAGCUUAUUAGAUUUUUUUAAAAAAUACAGAACAAAUUGUCAUGGAUUUGAAAAUGCGAAAAUCACAGCUAAUGAAUUAGCAAAAGAUUUAGAUGUUGAACCAGUAUUUGCUCAAAAAAGAUAUAAAAAAGCUAAAAAAAUGUUUGAUUAUGAGAGGAAUAAUGAUUUACAUAGGAAUAAUGGUGAAGAAAUAUUUAAACAAGAAUAUUUUAUUGUUAUUCUAGACCAGGCUAUUGUUUCAAUGGAAGAAAGAUUUAUACAAUUUAGGUGGUAUGAAGAGAACUUCGGUUUUUUAUUUAAUAUAAAGAAGUUAAAAGAAACAAAUGAUGAAGAUUUAAUGAAACAUUGUAAAGAUUUACAAAAUAUUUUGUCUUCUGGUGACUCAAAAGAUAUUGAAGCUGUAGAUUUAUAUACAGAAUUAAUCUUAUUUCGAAAUUUAGUUGAAGAAAACAUGACAGCUUUACAAGCAUUGGAAGUGACAAAAAAAACUCGUAGUUGUUUUCCUAAUAUUUCAAUUGCUCUUCGAAUCAUUUUGACAAUUCCAGUUACUUCUGCUAGUGCUGAGAGAUCAUUCUCAAAACUAAAGCUUAUAAAAACAUAUUUGAGGAAUACAAUGACUCAAAACAAAUUAUCUGGAUUAGCAAUGCUAUCCAUAGAAAAUGAAAUGGCUUCAGAACUCAAUUUUGACUCAAUAAUUGAUGCUUUUGCAGCUAAAAAAUCAAGAAAAAAAAUGUUUUAA